AUGGCUCCUUCAUUUUCUUGCCGUACUAUGGGAGCCCUAAUCUUGGGUUGCCUUGUGCUUCAAGCAUCCAUCUCUAUUGCUCAGCUGAGUCCUGAUUUUUACAUCAGAACAUGCCCGCGUGUUUUCGAUAUCAUUAGGAAUACCAUUGUCGAAGAAUUGAGCUCCGAUCCUCGUAUUGCCGCUAGCAUCCUUCGCCUUCACUUUCAUGACUGCUUUGUUAAUGGCUGUGACGCGUCAAUUCUUCUUGACAACUCCACGUCUUUCCGGACCGAGAAAGACGCUGCUCCAAACGUGAACUCGGCUAGAGGGUUCGACGUCAUCGAUCGAAUGAAAGCCGAAGUUGAGAGGCUUUGCCCAAGGACAGUUUCUUGUGCAGAUGUUCUCACCAUCGCUGCUCAAAUGUCUGUGCUUUUGUCGGGAGGUCCACGGUGGUCGGUUCCGUUGGGGAGAAGAGACAGCUUAGAAGCGUUCUUUGCUCUUGCUAAUGAAGCUCUUCCCUCUCCAAGUUUCACCCUUAAAAAGAUUCAAGCAAUGUUUGCUUCGGUUGGCCUAAAUCGCUCAUCGGAUCUGGUCGCUCUUUCUGGUGGUCACACAAUUGGAAGAGCACAAUGUCAAUUUGUGACACCUCGUCUCUACAACUUCAACGGUACCAAUAGACCAGAUCCAACUCUUAACACAGCUUACCUCCCUCAACUCCGUGGGCUAUGCCCUAAAAAAGGGAACGGCAGCGUUGUGGUCAACUUCGACCCAGUGACUCCUAAUGCUUUCGAUAGUCAAUACUACACCAAUCUUCGUAAUAAGAGAGGUCGACUUCAGAGUGAUCAAGAACUGUUCUCAACUCCACAAGCGGACACGAUUCCACUAGUGGAACAAUACAGCAGAAACACGUCCGUCUUCUUCGGGGCAUUCGUUGAAGCAAUGAUUAGGAUGGGAGAUAUUAAACCUUUGACUGGGACUCAAGGCGAGAUAAGGGUGAACUGUAGGGUGGUGAAUCCGAGGAUUAAGAGUGUGGAGAAUGAAGAUGAUGGUAUCGUUAGUUCGAUUUGA